AGCACCACCCAAAUAUGGAAAAAGAAGACGACCGCGACGCCCGCGACAGAUCAGUUACUAGUGCCAGAAUGUCAGUAGUAACUCGUAUCCAGUUCCAAAUCAUCCUACAUUUCUGUUAUCGAUGGCUUGAGCAAAUUGUGUCGUUUGAUCCUCAAGAUUAUGCACUAGCGAUGGUCAAAUUUGUCAGUCUACUAGUAUGUCUUCGAAUCUUCUGUGUGCGAGGCUGACAAGGACAACAGGGCUUAAUCCAGCACAUUUAUAGCUACCGUUAUCCCUCAACGCUCAGGAGCGACAGGUAAAAAAAUUCCAUGGAGGACCGAGAACGUGAAGAAAGGUGCCAAUGGCCGCAUCAGGCUUGAGACAAAUGCCCGCAACUACGCAGUCGCUCAUUAAAAAAACAUUGUAUGCAGAGGAAUCAGACGGGAGUACUGCGAAUCUCGGUGAUAUCGCCUGACCGUGACUCUGGGAGCGUGGAUACACACAUAAGGAAUCGGAGCACCCUCGAGUCCAUGGCUCGUUCGGAGGACAAGUACUGGGAGGUUCCAGUGAUUAGUAGU